UUCCAAGCCGUCUAUGCUCUUGACAUGAUCACCGCAGCAGGUGCCAUGACUCCCCACGCACUCGCAUCACGGCCAACUUGAAACGAAUCAAAUAACGAAGAUUCUCGUCGCCAAGCAAGGGGGAAAGCGCGGGGUUGCCCUAUUGAAAAUGACACUCGGCACAUGCCUUUUUCUCUGGCCUGCAUUGCUCUGUCUUGGUGUCGCAUGUAUUGCCCGCUUCGUGUCAGAUCUGCUCCAAACGGCUAAGAUCAUUAUUUACAAUACCGGUUUGUGUUGGAAUGGAGCCCAGGCUACACCGUCGAUGGUAGUGGACACGGCUCGGGCAUAUCUGCUUUGAGCUUUACGACAACACUGGCGACUAUCUUCUUUACCACCCUGCCCACCGCGGUGCGUAGAUUCGUUCGAGCCACACUAACGAGAACGGUACUGCAAUCUCGAAGCCCGAGAUGAAAUCCAAGAUGUGGUAUACGUUUAUCACACCCCUGAUGCCAGGCACGGGCCUCGCUGCAUGGGGGAGAGGCAUGCAUGUUCGGGCCCUCCCAGCAUCUAUCGUCGUUGCUGCAUCGAGUGGAACGACUGAGGUAUUGAACGAAUACAAGACCAUAAACAAAGACGCGCGCGAGAUACUGAUGGAAUUAUUUCGACUUCUUGGUUGUUCCACUCAUCUGGCUCCGCUACAUCUUCAUUAUAUAUGAUAUCACCUUCCUCUACGUCAGCGUUGAGGGUCGGUCUACCGCACCAGCCAUGGCCACGGUGGUUCUCUUGAUUAUCUUCCGUCAGUUCACUAACCCCCGAUCCUCGUGAUGGUUCUCUGGGGCGCUUGAAGGAUGGGUUCAAGUGCUCAUCUGCACGGCAGUCG